GAUGCAGAGCUAACUUAACAAAUUAAGCACGUGUUUCAAAAAGACAAAGAAAGAGGAAGUGUGGAUAUCAAACAUGCACGUCACUGCCUAUGUCCCUCGUGUGUGUAUAUAAAGUCCUCCAAGGAUUUGUGAAACCACUACCCAUAAAUCUUUCCCUCAUCCUGUUACGUAUAAAUUUUACAAUAAUUGAGCUAGAUACUUUUAAUAUCAAUCUUUGGUCCAUGGAGGAAUCGUCCAAAGGCUUGACAAAAGGUGCAUGGACGACUGAAGAAGACAGUCUCUUGAGGCGAUGCAUUGAUAAGUAUGGAGAAGGCAAAUGGCAUCAAGUCCCUUUAAGAGCUGGGCUUAAUAGGUGUAGGAAGAGUUGUAGACUAAGAUGGCUGAACUAUUUGAAGCCAACUAUCAAGAGAGGAAAACUUAACUCUGAUGAAGUUGAUCUUCUUCUCCGUCUUCAUAAGCUUUUAGGAAACAGGUGGUCUUUAAUUGCUGGUAGACUACCCGGUCGGACUGCUAAUGAUAUCAAGAAUUACUGGAAUACCCAUCUGAGCAAGAAACAUGAACCAUGUAAGACCAAGAUGAAGAAGAGAAACAUAACAUACCCUUCUACCACACCUGCCCAAAAAAAUGACGUUUUCAAACCUCGACCUCGACUCUUCACCGUUAACAAUGGCUACAGCCAUCUCCGUGGCCUGCCAGAAGUUGACGUUGUUCCUCCAUGCCUUGGACUCAACAACAUUAAUAAUGUCUGUGAAAAUAGUAUGACAUGUAACAAAGGCAAAGCUAGGGAGAAGUAUGAACUUUUUAGUAAUUUAAUGAAUGGAGAGAAUGUGUGGUGGGAGAGUUUGCUGGAGGAGAGCAAACAGCCUGACACGCUCGUUCCAGAAGGUAAGGAAACAGAAAAGGGGGCAACCUCCGCGUUUGACGUUGAGGAACUUUGGAAGAUGUUGGAUGGAGAGACCGUAGAACUUGAUUAGUGUUUUCAGUAUAUUUGUUUGCGAUCUGUGUGUUACUUUUGCAUUUAGUGUGGAUCGGAGUUGUUUCCAAAUAAACCAAUUAAUUUAUGUUCUGGUUGUGCUUAUAUUUUGCAAAAGAAAAAGAUAUAUGGUUUGUAUAAAAUCAGGAUUUCCUUCUACGAA